AUGACGGUAGCGUCGGCCGUCUAUACGCUGCCGGCCACCGCCAGUAGGGAGAGCAGGCUGCAGUUCUGGAGGGUGACUCAGGUUGGCUGGUCGCCGCCGGCCGCUGCCGUGUACGCCCAAUGGCCGGCCAGCUCGGCCUGCCGGUGCCGCCUCCUGUGUCUGGUCCACCGCCACUGCGCCGCCGCCGAGCUGGCCGGCGAAGACGGCGAGCUCUCCUGCCGGCUGGCCUCGCGCCGCGGCAACAGCACGGCCAACACCACGGCGGAAGCGGCCUUCGUGCGCGACGGGCACGCCGAGCUGGGUGAACGCUGCCUCAGCUCCGCCGAGUGCUGGCAGGCGGACCCGGGCGCCGCGUGCGAGGCCGGUGUCUGCGCCUGCCUGUCGGCCCAGCUGACGCCCGCUGGCCGCUGCGCCAUCCGCGACUGCACCGAAGUGACGUCGCUCGGUGCCGGCGCCAGCGGGCAGUACGAGAUGCUGCUGGCGCCGGGUGAGGCGCCAGUGCAAGUGUACUGCGACAUGGAGACGGCCGGCGGCGGCUGGACCGUGUUCCAGCGGCGCCAGGACGACCCCGUGCAGAUCGACUUCUCCCGCGACUGGCAGAGCUACCGCGACGGCUUCGGCAAUGUCUCCGGCCAGUUCUGGCUCGGCAACGAGCUGCUCCACCGGCUCACCGCCCGCGAGCCGCAGCAGCUGCGCGUUGACCUGGAGGACUUUGAGGGAGGGCGUCGCUUCGCCCAGUACGGCUCGUUCCGCGUCUCGGACGAGGCGGACCAGUACCGGCUCCAGCUGUCGGGCUUCUCGGGAGACGCAGGAGACUCAAUGGCUUACCAAAGCGGAGCCCAGUUCAGCACCAGAGAUAGGGACAACGACGAAAAACUCAUCAGCUGUGCCCAAAAGCAUAAGGGAGGUUGGUGGUACAAGGCAUGUCAUUUCGCAAACCUGAAUGGCCUGUACAUGAGGGGAGCAACGCCGGAGAGGUCCGGAAAUGUCAUCAGCUGGUUUCACUGGAAGGGGCACGACUACUCGAUGAAGGGCACGGAAAUGAAGACAAGACCCGCCCGCUACACUCCGACCUAA